AUGCCUCAUAGAGGUGUCUUGCAUCACCUGUAUGGGAAGAGGAGUGUGGUUCCAGCGCCAAACUUUGAGCCGUCGCGGAAGAAAGGAGUUUCCAAGAUGACAGACGGGGACGCAGCUACACGCUGCAAGGGACUGGGACAAGCGCCGGCCAACCAGCCCCAGCCACGGACCGGACGGCGAGCCAAAGUCAAGUCCGGGUGCCGUACCUGCAAGAUCCGUAAAGUCAAGUGCGACGAGGGCAGGCCCGCAUGCAACCGAUGCAUCUCUACCGGCCGCACAUGUGACGGCUACGGCGUGUGGGGUGGAGGGAGCCCUGCAUUACAGAACCACGGCCUGCCCAAGUCUCGCCUUGGUUCCAAUGCGCUUGCUGUCGCCGAGACGAGAGCUAGCGGCAUCGUAGUGAGAAGGGACCUUUCAAGCUCGCCGUUGAUUGUGAGCGAUAGCGAGCAAGCCUGCUUCGAGUGGUUCGCCCGGCGCACUACGACAAAGAUGCCGGGCUUGUUCGUCGCGGAAAUAUGGAAGUCGUUAAUCUUCCAGGCCAGCACCACGGAACCGGCGGUUCUACACUCGGUUCUAGCCUUUAGUUCGCACCACCAAAAGGCCGCUAAGAAGGGCCUCAAUCUCGGCAGAGUUUCUCAGGACCUGGACGAGCAAGAGCAGUUCAUGCUGCGGCAAUACACCACUGCCAUCGUCCACCUGCAGUCCGUGCUGUCCCGCAGUGAUCACUCAUCAACGCAGAUAGCGCUAGUCGCCUGUGCCAUGCUCACUUGUCUGGAGAUGCUCCGCGGGCACUUCCAAGCGGCCGAGUCCCACUUUCGCAACGGCCUUGGCCUCCUUCGCCAAGGUGCAGCGCCGUACUCAACAGUCGGGGACAAUGGUGCUCGAACGCUGAGUCCUUGUGAUAGAGCAGCCAGCGGGACUAUUGCUCAGCUGUUCCACAGGCUCCAGGUGCAAGUUGGCUUGCUUGGAAACCGUCAUGUUGCUUUUCCGGCCAUAAAUCUACCGCAACUGGAGCCCGGACCACCAAUCACUGGCUUCAGAGAUCUGAACCAUGCCAGAGACCACCUGGACAAUCUGCUCAAGAGGGUCCAGCUCUUGGCAGUGCGCUGCCGAAACAGAGCUACAAAUAAACAACCUACUCAUGCCCCAGAGCUGCUAGUGGAGAAACAAGACAUUGACACGGGCUUGUCGUGUUGGAUCGGCUCUUUACAGGUUUCCAAACUGGACUCUUCCCCACGAAGUUUGUUCGCGGUGGGUUUGCUGCGUCUCAUGCACACUAUGGCAAGGAUCAUGCUCCGAGCGAGCCUCUGGCCCGACGACGAGUCGAUCUACGACACCCAUUUUGACGACUUCCUAUCCAUAAUCGUAAACGCUGUGGAGGUGAGGAGCCACAUUAGGGAGUUUGAGACGAUCGAGCACAAAAUGGACAAGUCUCACUCCACCGUCGAUCUGGGCUGGCUCCCGCUGCUCUACUUCGUGGCCACAAAGUGCAGGCAUCAUCGUCUCAGGCUGCAGGCUGUCAAACUUCUGGACACCUCGCUCCACCGCGAAGGUAUCUGGGAUUCCCGGGUCGCGGCCAUCGUGGCCAAGAAGGUCAUGGAGAUCGAGGAGGGCGACUUCUACCCGGCCGAGGUCUACAUCCUGGACGAUUUUGACGCCGUGAGCCUCCCGCAGGAAUGGAAUCUGACUCUGCCAGUGCUCCCAGAGUCGCGCAGGAUCCACGAUCUGGACAUCGAGCUGCCGGAAGACCCGCUCGGUCAGGUCGCGAUUAGUGGCAAAAUACGAAGGGAGGAUGGUAGGGAGGAGGCAUUUAUCAAGACGUAUAAUUUCGCUCGACAAUGGUGGAUAGAUGGCCCCGCGAAGGGUGCUUCGGAGACGCCAGUCUAG